GGAGAGCGCAGGAGAUUUGGUCAGUGUGCAAGUGUCAGAUCUUCAAGAUGCAGCGCAUCUACAUGCACAGCAAUGAACACUUUGAAGUCUUCACCACUGUCCUUGCUCCUCAAGGGAGGUAUCGAUACAGAGCAGAAGCUGAAAAGAUGGUAGUGCUGCACAGUUACAGGCCCCACUGGCCAGAUGAGCUGGAGCUGUCUCCAGGUGACGUCAUCCUGGUGCUGUCCAAACAUGAGGAGAGGUGGUUUGGGCGGCUGCAGGACGGCCAGCAGGGUUACUUCCCCGCCUCCUGUGUGAUGGAGCUGAGCCAGGUGAAUCUUCCUCCAAGAGCCCUACGAAGGAGUAUUUCUCUGAGAAGCUCAGCCUGGGACAACGAUUCAGGUGCACGCAGUAGACAAGCAAAUGGACACAUUCGGCAGGCACUCAGAGGGGGGAGCAGAGGAGGAGGAGGAGGAGGGCUGGAUGGGGGCCAAGGUGAGAGCGAGGGCCCCUUCCUGGUGCGGAGGCCCCAGAACCCUCUGCCUCAGCCCAUGGCCUCCCAACCUCAGACACACAGAUCCCCAGGCCUGCUCCACAGGAUCCUGUCCAAGUGCCGGAAAAAGAGUGAAUGCCAGGGAGCCACCAACGGGGCCUUCGAGGGCGACUAAGAGGCCCCCGUCUUUGUCCCUAGUGGCUGAGCCGAGUUGGUGGGGCUGCGUCUAGGGAAGUAUGUGCGUGA